AUGUUCAGAAGACCUUAUUCAAUACCUGUUGACUUGUUCAAGUGCCCUGUGUGUGAAAAAGUUGUCAAUAGCCCAGUUGAAUUCCAAUGCAACCAUUUAGUGUGCAAGAAGUGUGCCAUUCAACACUUGCAUCAGUCUCCCUUGUAUGACUGUCCCCAGUGCCAGCUGUCUAUAAACAAGGAGCACAUCAAGAGUUCAUCAGCAAUAACCCUUGCAUCAUUAGCAUCACUACAGAUUACUUGCAGUAACCCACACUGCAACAAAACCAUGCGUCUGGACAGAUUACAACAACAUUAUACUUAUUAUAGCAAGGGAGGGGGAUCAGACAAAGAGGAGAUGCCUACCCCACUCAGACAAACCCUAGGUACAGUCCUUGCGGCACCCUUAACGAAAACACCAAACACAAUCGAGAAAAGAGCAGCCAGCAACAUUGUGAGAAGAAUGGUCAAUUCUUCAUGUGAAGUUGCUUCAGACUACUUCAUUUCAUUGAAGACAAGAGGAAAGGUAAGGAAAAUAGAAAUGCAAUUCAAUUGCCUAGUGACAGUGACUCUCUAUGAUCUACAGCCUAUAACUAAUGUUCGUGUCCCAAUGCCUGUUGCAACAUCAACUACAAGCUCAAACUCUACUUUAUGGCAGCGAUCAAAGCAUGUGCCUCAAGUCCGAGACAUAAUUUCUGGAGGACCUGCAGCAUCAGCUGUCCAGCUAAAGGAUGAACUAAGACACCUAAAAAAGGAAAGAGAUGACCUUUUGAAAGAAGCUGGGUUGAUACCUACUGGUCUUUAUGUAACUCAAGAGGAGAGCCUCGCCCUGAAAGCAGAUUUAUCUAUACCCUGGACCAAACUACGAGCUCUUAGAAGAUGGCUAUCACGCUGGGGUGUGACAUUGGCUAGUGAGAAGAAACAGCGAGAGCUGUUAGAAACCUGGACGCCAGUUGAUAUUGAGGGUGAGACUAUAAUACUAACAUUCAAACUGCCAACAGGCGGAGAAGAACUCCGGUCAUCGCCUUGUGUCUUUGUACCCUCUCUUCCGAAAACAGUACACUCACUUCUGAACGAGUUUGAUAAAGCCAACCAACUUGUCUGGCAUGAAGUGAUCCCUGAAGAUGAAGUGUGGUUGAAGGUUGGAGAGGACAAAGGAGGAUCAACGUUCAAAUUGUCUGUCCAGCUAGCCAAUGUGCCAAUUGUGAAUUCAGUUAAAAACACCUAUGUCAUAACGUGCUAUCAAGGCAGUGACACCAUCACCAAUCUACAAGUUACUAUAGCACGAUACAGAGAACAGCUGCACGAGUUACUUGAAAUUGACUGGAGUGGAAAAAAGAUGCGUCUCUUUAUCUUUGGAGACUAUGAAUUUCUGACCAAGCUUUAUGGGAUAUCUGGAGCUUCAGGUCUUCAUAUCAGCUUGGGUAUCUUUCAGAAGCUGUACGAGCUUCUAGAAAAUGCAGCUCAUAAAGUUGACCUCCACAGACCAUUUGAUCUGAGUUGUCCAUCAUCCACAGAAGUCCACAAUGCAGAACAUAGUGACAUGUACAGCAAAGGCUUUGAGGAAUACAUCUCCAGAAGCACAGAGGCCCUUGGCCUUCGACAGACUGCAAGCAAAAAGCAUGACACUGCACAGCAAGUAACUGAGCUGGCUAAUUGGCUUAACCUGAAUGUUGAUCCCAUGAGCACAAAUACACCAUCACUAGUACCUCAACUGUUUCAGCAUGCCAAGAUCUUGAGAGAUGAUGCAAUGCAACUGAAAGUCAGAGCAGACAGUCUUCAAGAAAAGGCAUUUCCAAAGCAUGAAGGUCCUUGUGUUAAAGGCUUGGAAUCCUCCCUCGCCCAAAUUGGAGUUGAAAGGCAGGCAUAUCAUGGUGGUUCCUUCAUUGGCAACCAUAUCCAUAAAUGCUGCAAGGGAGUCAACAUAGAAAUAAUCUGCAAGUCUGUACCAGACAAUGUUCCAUGUCACCUCAAGAAGACCAAAGAGCUUGCUGAAGGAGUCAAAGAAACCUUUCCGCGUCUUUUGUCUAAAUUUGCAGCCUACCACAAUCUUUACAGUGGCUCAAGGAAACUAGAAGAGCAUGAAAUUGACCAACUAGAGUACGACAUCAGAGACUUUCUGAAACAUUACAGGGAAGACUUGACAAAUCCGCCAGUCACGCCUAAGAUACACAUGUUGGAAGAACACGUUGUUCCUUGGAUAAGGCGAUGGAAGCUGGGUCUAGGAUUUCAUGGCGAACAGGGAGCAGAGUCCAUUCAUGCCCGCUUCAACGCCCUGCAGAGAACAUAUUCAAGCAUUAGAAAUCCCCUAGAAAGGCUGAAGUCGAUCGUCAGAGAACAUAACACUUCGGUCAUGCCACAGAUUACACAGCUUCGGCCAAUAGUCAGAAAGAGAAAGGCAGAAACUACAAUUGACAUCUUUGAUAGUGGUAGAGUACUGUAGAAUGCGCUGUGAGUAAGAAUAAAAGCAAGCAACCAAACCUGACUCCGCCAUCUUUGGGUCUUGAUUCUUCCACUAGGGCGAGGCGUACAUCAGUGGGAUC